AACGCACCGAAUCGCCGAACUAUAAAUCCAGACAACGAAGACGAGCGACGACGCAACGAAGCGAAUUGCAAACGGGACCUUUUGCGUCGAGCUAUUCGCCGGAGAGAAGAGGGUUUUGCGCAGAUGGCGGCGCGGAAGCAGGGGAAGACCAACUUCGCCGUCGCCUGCAACCUCCUCAGCCAGUGCAUCAAGGAGAAGAGAAGCGUCACCAAUUUGGGGCUCGGAUUCGAUACCCGACCUCCAGGCCAUGAUCAAGGCAACUUGGAGGCGUUCCGGCCGCCGACCACCAUGCGUCUGCUUCCGGGGGCGGAGAUAUCUGGAGACGACGACGGGGAGGCAAUGGAGCUGUUUCCCCAGCGCGCUGAGUUCCACACUGCGCCAGAGCAGGCCAGAGAAAGAGGGAAUCCCCAACUCACAAUCUUCUACAAAGGGAAGCUCAUGGUGUUUGACAACUUCCCUCCCGAGAAAGCCGACGAUCUACUGAAGCUAGCCAGCGAGGGAAACAAGAGAAACCAAAACUUAGGUCAAGAAUCCUCUUCCUCGGAAGAUCAAAACCCAACAUUGGAGUCCAUGGUUGCUAAUUCUUGGUUGACAGCCCAAACAAGUCUCUCUGAUCUUCCUAUUGCUCGAAAGGCUUCGCUUCAGCGAUUCCUCGAGAAGCGAAAAUAUCGGAUCAAUGCAAGAGCACCUUAUCAAGUUAAAGACUUCAGGAAUGGCGACUCCAUUCAAGCAAGAGAAGAAUAGAUCAUGGCUUGGCUUGACUCCUUAGUUCUUCUUGAGCAUGCCCACAAGUUUCAGUUCUUUCUUAUUUUCUAGAUAUUUUUUUUCUUGUAAAGAGGAAAUAAAAUUUGAGGUGACAACAUAUUGUCAUUGUUCUUACUACAGAAAUUUCAGAAAAAUCAAUGUAUCAGUUUUUCAGAGA